GUUCUGGGAAAGUUGGGACGAUACAACCGCGCAGAUAUCGGUGAUGUACAGCGUCUCAAUCUGGACGUUGCCUGCGGUGAAGCUGGCCCUCAGCUGCGUUUUUGGUUGGCCGAAUAUCCCAACCAGCCGGUGGACCUGCCCAUUCGUACUCUUGUAGAUGCGGCUGUAGAAACGGUUCAGGUGGCCUCCUUCCUCUGCCUCCAAACCGUUGCUUCCUGUUUUGCCAAUGUUCCCAGCCCCUCUCAUAUCCAUGGGGAUGGUAGUAUGGACCGACCGGUUAGACUGCGUGCCUGGAACUUCCUCAAGGGCGUCUGUGUGGCUGCUCUUAACCUCCAUCCUCUGGUAAACCUUUAUGAGGAAAUGGCUUCCGUUCCGUAUCUGCAGUCUUUGCCGACAUUUCCGCUGGACGAGCUCUCCAGAUGCAUCCAUGCGUCGGAGUCAGGGAACGAAGUGUCUGACCUUCUUAUCGAGGAUCGUCACGCCAAAGAUAUUAACCGCGAAGUUAUCCUUCGUGCCGUCGGAGGCGUCUUCCUGAGCGGAGCUAUUCAACCACCGUUCGAGGGGAGUGGAGUGUUUAUGACCUUCCUGAUUCGGCAGUUGACACUUGUUAACCUCUAUGAUCAAGUUAUGGCUUCGUCGCCCCGCGACACGGAGCCCGAACCUAUGAAACCGAAGCUAUCGGAGGGCGCGAUCAGCAGCGACCAGCUGUUUCCGUCCACUCCGACAGCAGAACCGAGUCUCGAUCCAAAGCUAGUCGUCGAUGCUAUCUGCCUUGUAAUGGGUCACGAGGACAAGGAACAUGUGGCCACUGGCUACGUCCUCUUAGAUGAGAUGCUUUCCACCGCUACAGCUGCUUUUCGGGCCGCUAUGCAGACCCACACCACAAAGACACCUUACGAGGAUGAGGCACAACAACGGCAGCAGCAGCAGCAGCCGACGGAGGGGCAGUCGUGUGUUGAGGCCGUGGACAGCCUCAAUGAGAGGGCGUCCAAGUGUUUGGUGAGAUUUCAGUUGUUGCGUCAUCUCUCCACUGCCACGAUGGACAUGCUCUAUCAUCCCGCCUGGUAUGUGAAAUGGGGCGCCUGUUGCAUCCUUCUCCACCUCUGCAAGCGCCUACCAAUCCAGUGGUUCAAUCAGCAUAUUCGCGGCCUUCUGAGGGGCCUUCUACACUGCCUGCAUGACCUCAGUAGCCAGAUGGGCCAGGGUGCUCUCAAUCUGGCUCGGGAAUGUGCCCUCGAGUUGGUGAAACUGGUAUUCCUGCAGCCUACG